GUGAGGGAUAAAAAUGUCAUUUUGGAAAUUAUUUGGCCAUUUAUAAAUCCUGGGAGUAGCAAGCAUCCCAAAACCCUAGCUCGCGUUCUUCGUUCGUCUUUUACAUCAGGAUGGAGUCUCAGGUGAAGCACGCACUUGUUGUCAAAGUAAUGGGUCGUACUGGAUCCAGAGGACAGGUGACCCAGGUUAGAGUGAAGUUUCUGGAUGAUCAGAACCGUCACAUCAUGAGGAAUGUUAAAGGACCAGUGAGAGAAGGAGACAUUCUCACCCUACUCGAGUCUGAAAGGGAAGCUAGAAGGUUGCGCUAAGAGGGUCUUUCUUUCUUGAUCUUUAUGGUAGUUAGUCGGUGCUAAAGGUUAUAGCACCCUAUCUUGUCUUGGAUCUAUUUUCAUUCGAAUUAUGGCUUGAGUUUUGCUGUUUUGAGUCUAAGCUUCAAGGUUGAAGUAUGUUUUGGCUUAAUAUAUGAUUUUAAUUAUGGCUUGAGUUUUGGAUUAAUAUGAUUUGGCUUCUAUAUAGUGAUAUUCCUGCUA